GGCCCCGGGCCCGGCACACUGGGGCUUUGUCCAGCCCCCCGCCGCGACCCACGGGUGGGGGGGCGGCCCACAUGACCAAGGGGGUAGGAGGAGCCUGCAGCGGCGGUGGCGGCGGCGGCGGCAGCGGCGACUCCAGCAUUUCCCUCCCUGGCCGGGGGUCGGCGGGCGGUGGCGGCGGCAGCGGCGGCGGCGGCAGCUGGGCAGGGCUGGGCCGAGCUGCGGACGCCAGGCCCCCCGAUCCCCGCCAGGCUGCGGACACCAGGCCCCCCGAUCCCCGCCAGGCUGCAGGCGCCGGGCCCGGGCCGUCAGGGCAGCUGUGACCCUUGCGCUCAGCGGGUGGCGAGCUGGGGGUGCGCCCGGAUCCCCGCCCCCGGGAUCAUGGGGAAUGGCAUGACCAAGGUACUUCCUGGACUCUACCUCGGAAACUUCAUCGACGCCAAAGACACGGAUCAGCUAGGCCGGAAUAAGAUCACACACAUCAUCUCCAUCCACGAGUCACCCCAGCCUCUGCUGCAGGACAUAACCUACCUUCGCAUCUCAGUGGCCGACGCCCCUGAGGUACCCAUCAAAAAGCACUUCAAAGAAUGUAUCAACUUCAUCCACUGUUGCCGCCUCAAUGGGGGAAACUGCCUUGUGCACUGCUUUGCAGGCAUCUCCCGAAGCACCACCAUCGUGACGGCAUAUGUGAUGACUGUGACAGGACUGAGCUGGCGGGACGUGCUUGAAGCCAUCAAGGCCACGCGGCCCAUCGCCAACCCCAACCCAGGCUUUAGGCAGCAGCUUGAAGAGUUUGGCUGGGGCAGUUCCCGGAAGCUUCGCCGGCAGCUGGAGGAGCGCUUCGGGGAGAGCCCUUUCCGCGACGAAGAGGAGGUGCGCGCGCUGCUGCCGAUGUGCGCGCGCUGCCGGCAGGGCUCUGCGAGCGCGGCCUCUUCCCCCGCGCCCAGCUCCUCGGCCUCGGAGGGGACCUUGCAGCGCCUGGUGCCGCGGUCGCCCCGGGAAGCCCACCGGCCGCUGCCGCUGCUGGCGCGCGUCAAGCAGACUUUCUCUUGCCUCCCGCGGUGUCUGUCCCGCAAAGGCAGCAAGUGAGGAUCCUGCCCCGCCGUGGCGCCCCUCGGCCUCUCGACCGGGGAUUGUCUGCGCCUCCCACGGCCUUCAGGACGGGCCCAGAGCCUGUGGGAGCCCCGCGGCGGCCUGAUCCCCGCCCCUGUCCGCUUCGCGCCUUGCUUGUCUGCGUCCGCGGUCAGUGUGUCCUCCAUCUGUGUGUGUGGCUCUGUGUCUGGGCCGGCCUGCUGCAGCUACCUGGUGCCUUAGUUCUUGGGCUGGGGGAGGGUGCCCCCGGCCCCCGCUCCCAUUAAAGGCGGUGGGAGUGGGAGUGGGUGGAUGGGGUAGUUGGAUGGGCCUGGAGGAUAUUAAAGAGACACAGAAG